UAACAGGUGAUUAUGGGAAUUUGAAGGCGCCAUUUGUUGGACGGUAUUAUUCAAAUAAUCGUGGAGUUGUGAUUAUUAGAGUACACACGUGAAAUAUCUGUAAAUAUGGCGGCUGUCGCAGCUGCAAAGGUUCAGGAAGUUCGUGAGAUCACUAGAAUAGAAAGAAUUGGAGCUCAUUCUCACAUCAGAGGUUUAGGCUUAGACGAUAGCUUAGAACCACGCCAUGUGUCACAAGGUAUGGUUGGCCAGCUGAUGGCCCGUCGUGCGGCUGGUGUUGUCUUGGAAAUGAUCAAAGAUGGAAAAAUAGCAGGCCGUGCCAUAUUGUUGGCAGGUCAACCUGGCACUGGUAAAACUGCCAUUGCUAUGGCAAUGGCUCAGGCUUUAGGAAUGGACACUCCGUUCACUUCAAUGGCAGGUUCUGAAAUAUACUCUUUGGAAAUGAGUAAAACGGAAGCUUUGACUCAGGCUAUUAGGAAAUCGAUCGGUGUCAGGAUUAAGGAAGAAACAGAAAUUAUAGAAGGAGAGGUAGUUGAAAUUCAGGUAGACAGGCCUGCCACAGGGGUCGGUGCCAAAGUUGGUAAACUAACACUGAAAACGACAGAGAUGGAAACGAUCUAUGACCUGGGAAAUAAAAUGAUCGACAGUUUAAUGAAAGAAAAAGUGCAAGCUGGUGACGUGAUAACCAUCGAUAAAGCUACGGGAAAGAUCAAUAGAUUAGGCAGAUCGUUUACCAGAGCUCGCGACUACGAUGCGACCGGAUCGCAGACGCGCUUCGUGCAGUGUCCCGAAGGCGAAUUGCAGAAACGUAAAGAAGUAGUACACACUGUCACAUUGCACGAAGUUGACGUGAUAAACAGCAGGACCCACGGAUUCCUGGCAUUGUUCUCUGGCGACACCGGCGAAAUUAAAUCAGAAGUACGAGAUCAAAUAAAUGCGAAAGUUGCAGAGUGGCGCGAGGAAGGAAAGGCGGAAAUCGUUCCCGGCGUUUUGUUCAUCGACGAGGUUCACAUGCUGGACAUCGAAUGCUUCUCCUUUCUCAAUCGGGCACUGGAGAACGAAAUGGCACCUGUCGUUAUUAUGGCUACAAAUAGAGGUAUUACAAGGAUCAGAGGGACAAACUACAAAAGUCCUCAUGGUAUACCCAUCGAUUUGCUAGACCGUAUGAUCAUCGUGCCAACGAGUCCAUAUCAGGAGAAGGAACUGAAAGAAAUUUUGAAGAUCAGAUGCGAGGAGGAAGACUGUGAAAUGGCUGAGGAUGCUUUGACAGUGUUGACGAGAAUCGCGCUUGAAACGUCGCUCAGAUAUGCGAUUCAGCUGAUAACUACAGCUUCCCUCGUCAGCCGUCGAAGGAAGAGCACCGAAGUGAAUAUCGACGACGUGAAGCGCGUUUAUUCGCUGUUUCUAGACGAAAAUAGGUCUGCACAGUUCUUGAAAGAAUAUCAGGACGACUUUAUGUUUAACGAAAUACCGGAGGAAGCUAUGGAGAUAUCGUAACAAUAGAUAAAUAAUUAAAAAAUACAGUUCCACGCCGAUGCUGCUCAAUAAACAUUGAUAAUUUUCGAUUCGACGAUUUUGCGAAGUGCCUCUCCGAUGCACGAGCCAGGUUACUCGGCCAAGCGUCGACCGAGCGGAUUCAAUUUAGACGCGGUUUCAGAAACGAUGCUAUAUAUUUCGAAUUAAAUACAAAGAAAACUUAACAAAAUACCGCCUGUAUGCUGACUACAAUUUGGUCUCGCAACAUUUGAUUUUGUUCGACGUUGUUACAGCCGUUAAUAAAUUUCUAACGAUGGAAACAGU